CCUAUCGAUCAAACAAUCAUUAUAUAUUUAAAAAAAAUGUCCAUAUCAUUAAAAAAUGUCCGUCUGAAACAAAAAUCAAAAAAAUCUGACAGCGCACAGAAACGUGACCUGAGAAUUUACGACGAGGAAGGUAAUGAUGUGACACCAAGACCUUUGGUCCAUGAAUAUUAUGCUCGCGUAGAAGAUCCAAGCAAAAUAUUCAACUGGGAUGCACUGACUCUGAAACCAACCUCCAGUUCUCUUGAAGUUCUCAGUUCAGUUCGGGAUUAUCAGUCGAGUUCUUCUUUAAUUAAAGCUCCUUCGUUGAUCACUACAAAUUUGCCAUUCGAAGAAACUAUGGAGAGCUUGAUGUCUAUCUGUACUGAAGAUUCGAGGAAUCUUGAUGAUGCUGACCGGGCGCCGUCACCAUUUUGCUUACCCAGCGUUGAUCCUGUCUGCCAAAUUUCCCCGGAGAAGAUGACAAUAUUACUGAGAGAGACAGAGACAUUUUUUCUGUUUGACAUGCCGCAACUCACUGCUGAUUUAGACACACCAGAGGGUCAAGCAGUGAAAGAAGCUAACGAAAGAUAUGAAUAUAUAACCAAAGGAGAAGGAUCUAACCGCAGAGUGGCUGAAGCAGAGACGCAGACCACCAGAAUUUAUACCAAGUCUAGGUCUACUUAUUUGGGAAGAAAGAAGAGAACCAACAAGGGCACUUUUGUUAAUAAUUGGGUUUUGUAUGAUGCUUAUAAUUCUGCUAACAUAAUUGACAAUGAAGAUGGGGAGAAUACUAAGAAAAAUUUGAUCCAAAGUAUAUUUUCAAAGCCAAUUCCAACAGAUUCAUCUCCAACAGAAGAUCCAUUAUCCGAAUUAUACAAAAAAGAUUCCUUUGCAUCAGCAGCUCGAAUAAUGGAGCGAAUAAUCGCGAGCAAAUUCUACAUAGUUCCCCAGAAGAGAUUCAAAGGCCUGAUAAAAAAAGACCCUUGCGACCUGGACCUGGAGUUUACUUACAGCUUGGACCUGCUGUGGACCCACGUUUGCCCUGAAGUCCAGGGUCGACCGGUGAAUUGCAUCCGUUGGAGCUACAAAAACUCUAACCUGCUGGCAGCUGGUUACGGGUCUGUUUCAGAGGAGUCCAACGACUCCUCCCGAGGACUUCUGCUAAUCUGGUGCAUAAAAAACCCUAGUCAGCCUGACCGAGUCUACAAAUUCGACUCAGCUGUUUCAGAUUGCGAUUGGAGUCGCCAGAAGCCUAACCAGCUGGCCGUGGGGUUCUACGACGGAACCGUCAAGGUUAUAGACGUGAGCAGCAGAAGCCUGAGAAUAAUUCGCAAAAGCUCUAGAGAGUCUUGUUCGACUUAUUGGCCACACUGGCAGGUCCAGUGGUGGCUGGACAACGAUCCACUGGACCCGCUGGUGUCUAAUCAAGAGUUAAUUUACUCCAGCAACCAAGACGGGUCAAUUUUCUGCUUCGAUGCCUCCAAGGAUUUUUCAGCGAAAAAAAUCAUGACCAUUCCUAGAAUAGAAGACAAAAUUCCAGGGAUAAAGCGGACAAAUUCCAGCGGGUGUCUCUACGAUGUUCCCAUUAGCAAAAAUCCAGGAGUUCUGUUGCUGCGCCAGCAUCCAACAGCUAGUAACAUUUACUACGUGGGUUCUGAUGAAGGCUGCGUCUAUCGCUGCUCGACAAAUUAUCUCAGCCACCAUCUGGACAAUUUUCUAGCUCAUAAUGGUCCAUUUUACUCGCUAGAGUUCUCGCCCUUCUGCCCGAAGAUCUUCUUGACCUGUGGAGCUGAUUGGAGCACCAGGAUCUGGGCAGACGGCAUCACUGAUCCCCUGCUCACGCUCUCGACUAGCAUGGCCUGUGUCCAGGCAGCUUGUUGGAGUCCUAGUAACUCAACGGUGAUCGCAACCUGCGUUGGUAAUGAAAUUAAUAUCUGGGACUUGAAGCGCCGCACUCACAGGCCCACUUCUGUUACGGUCCUACCUACAGAUCAGAGGUUGAUGCUUCUGGAGUUUACGAAAACUGGGAACCAGUUAGUUGCUGCUGAUCUUUCAGGGAAGAUUUUUAUUUAUAAUCUAGAAGGCAUGCCUUUUCCACCGUUUGAACAAACGAUGGUGUUGGUGGAGGCUAUUGAGAAGAGUUUGACUAUUAAACCGGAGUUGCUGAAGAAACUUCGGAAGCUAGGAUCUCCUUUUUGAUUUUUUAAAAAAGAAUUUUAAUUCAUUUGUAUGGUUUGAUUUUUUUAAUUAUUUAAUG